AUGCUAUUAGAAUUGAUUUCUUAUGUGGGGACCGUUUUAGGGUUUCUUUUCUUGACACUUUCAAUUGCAUCGGGUUUAUACUAUAUUAGUGAACUAGUUGAAGAACAUACAGAACCCACGAGACGAUUUUUAACAAGGGCAAUCUACGGUAUAAUUUUGACAUUAGUACUACUACUGCUACUAGACCGCUUUCCAUUUAAACUCACACUUUUCUCCAUUGCAUGUUACGUAGUGUACUAUCAAAACCUAGAGAGCUUCCCCUUUAUCUCGCUAACCAGCCCAACCUUUUUACUAAGUUGCGUAUGUGUCGUCCUGAAUCACUAUUUCUGGUUCAAGUAUUUCAAUGACACAGAAGUCCCACCACAGUUCAAGUUUGAUCCAAAUUACAUACCACGCAGACGUGCUAGUUUUGCUGAGGUGGCAUCAUUUUUCGGUAUAUGCGUUUGGUUCAUACCAUUUGCCUUGUUCGUUUCCCUAUCAGCUGGUGAUUACGUGUUACCAACGACUAGUGAGCAGCACAUGGCUAAGAAGAAUGAUGAUAUUACGAACAACCAACCAAGAUUACGUAAAAGAGCUGUUGGUUUGGCCCGCGUUGUCAUCAACUCCGUAAGGAAGUACAUAUAUUCUCUUGCUCGUGUGUUUGGUUACGAGAUAGAACCUGACUUUGAUAGAUUGGCGGUUUAG